AUCGUAAUUUUGUCUGGUGGGACUCCCCGGACAAGGCUGCGUUUCUGUACUGAGAUUCUUGACCGGGCCUAGGCAGGCGGAGAGCCACAGGCAACUGAUGUCCUACCUGUCGUCGGUCGAUGGCUCGCUACCCCAAAAUAUGGCCGGGGGCGUGUCCGCGUCCGAUAUGUUGGACCCAAGCGCCAAUCUGAUGUCUGACUUGCAGGACCAGAUUAAUAUGCUGCCCAUGGACCUCGAUCUCAACGACCCGAACCUCGAUGUCUCCCUGAGCAACGUGCCCUUUGCCGACCCCUCGGCCUUUGGCAACAACCCAAACUCCAUGUCACUCGCUCCCCCGAACCAUCAACAACAUGAUGAUGGCCAGCCCCAUGCUAAUAACAUGUCGGCUAUCGGCGCUGGCCCGCUGCCCACUGGCUUCGGCAUGGGUCCUCCCUCCAAUGGCGGCAACACCCUGACCGAGUUCACCAAGCGCAGAAACUGGUCUCAGCGUGUCAUCGAAGAGCUCAGGGACUUUCUACACAUCCUCACACCCGACGGUCGCAUACUCUAUGUCUCGCCUUCUGCCAAAACCCUCACGGGCUACGAGCCGCGCUAUCUCGUCGGCAAGUUCAUCGGCGAGUUUGUGCACCCUGAAGACAGCGGCAUUUUCAUGCGCGAAUUCAACGAAUCCAUAGCAUCGGGCAACCCACUUCGCUUCUUCUAUCGCUUCAAGAGAGAGGACGGCACAUACAUCAUCUUCGAAUGCGACGGUCAUCCACACAUCUCGUCCGACCAAGGCGCAUAUGGCCACAUGAGUGGUUCGGGUCAAGGCGCUAUGAGCGCUUCUGGUCUCUGUCGUGGCUUCUUCAUGAUGGCGCGACCCUACCCAACCAAGAAUGCCGCCCUACUCGACUCCUUCCUGGAACACAAGAUUGAGAACGAGCGUUUGAAGAAGAGGAUAGAAGAGUUGAAAAGAGAGGAGGCUGAGGAGAACCAGGUUCAGGAAAGACAAUGGCAGGAUCAAUCCAGGCGUGACCCAUCCGAGGCCGGUCGUGUUGAUGGCUCGAGCGAACACGGCAAGACGCCAAAUUACCAGGGAAUGCCGCCACCUGCAAAACCCCCAAUUUCAAACACUGCUCUUACUCGACAAAACCUGGACAGCGCAUUAUCGGCCCAACAACCUGACAGCAUAGCAGACAAGAUGUCUCGAUACGAAGGAUCAAAUCAUCUCGAGACCAUCGAAAUGCUCACUGGACUACGCUACCGCGAUGGUGAGCGAAGCCACGGUAUUUCCACAGGUGACACAUCGCCUGCGCUUAUAAGAGGCGACGCUGGCAUCGCAAUCUUGCUCGACAGAGAUCGCGACGGCAACAAGGAGAAGAAGAAGAAGCUCAAGGUCGCCGAGGAGUACGUCUGUGCAGAUUGUGGAACUCUCGAUAGCCCAGAGUGGCGCAAAGGUCCCAAGGGCCCGAAAACAUUGUGCAACGCAUGUGGCCUACGAUGGGCCAAGAAGGAGAAGAAGAAGGCAGUUGGUGACAGCGGCGCGAACUCGAACGCUGGUAUGACACCUGGAGGUGUGCCAUCAUUGUUGCACAAAGACAGCAGUGGAAGCAACUAAGCAAACUUAUUGAUCAUGAUCUGUCUCAUUGGAAACAGAUCUUCUUCAUGACAUGGGAAAUGGGCGUUAGGCAUGCAUUUCAGUUCGAACUCAGAGCUUACGACCAGCCUUUAUUAUUCUUCAGUGUAAAGAUUUCUUAGCUAGAUACCAGAGGGCAUUACGGAGUUUUGUAAUAUAUCAUGGCAUGUUCUUGGUAUGCAUUCUGUGUCUGACCCG